CCAUUAGUGUGUAUGAAAAUAAUUGUGAGCAGGAUUAGUCCUUUACAAACGAUGAGGCCCUUUUUGGUAAUGAAUUGCCAAUAUCAAAUUACCUUUCAAUCCAGCCCGCUUAACAUUACCAAAUAGAGAGGGAAAAUUAAAUUUCCUGAAACCAAUUGAAAAAAACAUUAAAUCAAAUUACAUAAACCCUAAAACCUCGAAAACUAGAAGAAGCAGCCAUGAAUGCUUCAGAAAUUGAUCUCGAUUCACCUGCAAUCAAAGCUUUAGGUUCUCUCUUCAAGCUUACCGAAGUAUUCUUACUGGAUGAUGGUUUUCCAAUUGAUGAUAAUCGACAAGUUUCCUCAUGUCCUAAACACAUCAGAUUCAAAUAUGAUGAUGACGACGACGACGAUGAUCAUGGUGGGAAAAUUAGCUCGAAAUCGAGCAUCGAAACCUUGGAAGAAAGUGUUGUAAUGGAGGAUGUUGAUAUCUCCUUGGAAAUGAGUGCACUUGGGCUACCUCUCACUUUCCAAACUAGCAAACAUCCAAGCAGUGUGCAGUCUAAGGAAAAACAUAAAUUAGUGCAGCGUAAGGAUCAAGAUAGUCAGAAUAGGCUCAAGGAGAGAAUUCUACUAUCUCCUAAUCCAAAUGCAGAGAGCCAAACUUAUGCAGAGUUUCAAGAUACAUCAAGCAGUUCAUCUUCCUUAUCUAUGCCAGAUCAGGCUGAACUCUCUUGUUCUGGCUUUGAUGUCUUUGAUGACACUGUUAGAUUGUCUAAUUCUAGUGAUGGGGAGCAGCCUGCUACUGUGGCUGAUGUACCUAGAAAUAUGUCUUGUGAAGUUCUCAUUGAAGACCUGUUGGAGACUGAUUUCCAGAUGGAAAAUAAUAUUUCUAUAGCUGCCACAUCAAAUUUGUUGGAGAGGAAUACAAGUUGUGGACGCAAUAUAUUUAAUGAUUGUAUCAUAGAGCAUCCAAAAGAAAUAGAUAGAAGUUUGAUGGAACGAGUUGAUGCAAAGGGGGAUCAGUUGGGUAAUGCUAUGCAAUUGGAUGACCUUGGCUCCAGUAUGUGUAUUGAACAGACUCAGGUUGCUGGCAUGCCUUUAGACUCUGAUAUGGUUCUUGACAAUAAUGCUAAUAGCAACUUCAGUUCCAGUACAGUUUCUGGUGAAUGGAAUGCCUUCUGGGAUUCUUUUUACAUGAGAUAUUAUUUUUAUAACAGCAAAACCGAAGAGUCCACAUGGUAUCCACCCCCUGGGAUGGAAAGCUUUGUUUAUGGUGAUGUCUCUAACACAUGUGAUGAGUCAAAUACAGAAGCGAUUGGCGCUGUUGUUGAUCCUGCUUUUUCUCAAAAUGAAGAACAGUUAGAUAGACAUGAAUUGGAUGAUAAAGUACGCUUUGAUGAACGUACUGAAGACAAAGUGUUUGGUGUUCAAGCUUUCACCACUCAGGAUUUAUCAUCUAGUUCGGUAAUGCUUUCUGAUAAAUCCUAUGCGGUGAAAUUAUAUGAUCACCGUGUGCUCGAUGGAAAUUAUCAGACUGCGAUUACAUCUAGUUCUUCACUAUCUACCAUCAAUCCUUAUCAGAAUCCAGAAAACGAAAGAGAGCAAGAGGGUUCUGGUGGCAUGUCCACUAGCGUGUCUCAGUCAAAUAACUAUGACUCUGUUGACAGUCCUUGUGAGAAUGCUAAUGGAGACUGUAGUGGCAAUCUAAUAGCUCAAUUGUCAAAUUCAAGCAGUUUGAGCAGCGUUGAUGAAGCAGCAGUAUGUGAUGAUAACCUCAUCAAUCAUGCACCAAUAAGAAAGUUAGAGAAAGAGGCAAAUGGAUUACCCGCUGCUACCAAACAAAAGACAAAAAGAAGAAAUCGAAGAAGGAAGAAGUCGUUCAACAAUAAUGAUGAUCAUGAAUUUCAACCUGCUGAAGAAUAUUAUGUAGAUAUAACCAAAUAUUGGUGUCAAAGGUAUCUUUUAUUUUCCAAAUUUGAUGUUGGUAUACAAAUGGAUGAAGAAGGGUGGUUUUCUGUCACUCCAGAAGCUAUAGCCAGACAUCAUGCUUCCCGUUCUGGUGGUGGCGUUGUAAUUGAUUGCUUUACCGGUGUUGGUGGGAAUGCCAUACAAUUUGCAAAGACAAGUAAACAUGUGAUUGCUAUUGAUAUUGAUCCGAAGAAAAUUGAUUAUGCACAUCAUAAUGCAUCCAUCUAUGGGGUUGAAGGCAGAAUUGAUUUUAUCAAUGGAGAUAGUUUUUCUGUGGCACCAACAUUGAAGGCCGAUACGGUCUUUCUGUCACCUCCUUGGGGAGGGCCUGAUUAUCUCAAAGUGCAGUCUUAUGACAUAAGCAUGCUUCAGCCACAUGAUGGGCAAUAUCUUUUUAACACUUUUAAGGCAACUGCCUCACUGAUUAUCAUGUUCUUGCCUAGAAAUGUUGAUAUUGUCCAACUAGCAGAACUUUCUUUAUCUUCUAAUACUCCAUGGUCACUCGAAGUGGAAAAAAAUUACUUGAAUGGUAAAUUAAAGGCAGUUACAGCUUACUUCAGCAAGAGCAGUUGAAAAUCAGCUGAAAAGCGAAUCAUGAACAAAGUUUAUUCAACACCAGGUCUUGGAUUGUUUAUUAAUUCUUUGAUCCAAUUGUUUCAAGCCUUCAAUCUGAUGUAAAUUUUUUAUUUGUAAUGGCAAUAUGUGUAAUUAAGGUAAA